AUAAUAAUAAAAAUAAUAAUAAUUAUAAUGUCAGAUAUUUCUUUCAAAUAUAAAUAUUGUGAAUUCGAAUUACGUUUAUAUAAAAAAAAUUUUUUAGGUCAAAAAAAGUUAAAAUAUGUAUAUUGUACACAAGAUACUAUAAUAAUAAAUAGACAUCCUUAUCAGAAAAUUCCCGAUAAAAUCAUUGAAUUGAAGCCAGACUGGAAAGUCGAAUGGAUAUACGAUUAAAAAAAAGAAAAUGAACCAUUUGAAAAUAAGGUCAAUGGGUUUAAAUUAUUAACAGAUAAUAGUAAAGAUAAUUACGAAUAUUACGGAGACUCUUUAGAAAUGAUUACUAUGAAAUCUUAUUUAUAAAGAUAAUUAUUCUAAAUAAACUUUCUUGAAGAAUUUUAAUUAAUUCGUAAACUAGGUUAAGGAAAAUAUGCAAAAGUUUAUGAAGUAAAAAGACUAGACAAUAAAAAAAUAUAUGCUGUUAAAUAUUUAAGUAAGGAAAAGCUUGCAACAGUAGAAGAUUCAUAAAAAUUUCUCUAAAACGAACUAAAAAUAUUAAGGAUGUUAAACCACCCAAAUUGUAUAAAAAUCUAUGAAACCUACGAAGAUGAACAUGGUUAUUACAUACUACAAGAGUUAUUAGAUUCUUCUAAGAGUUUGUAAUGUGAACUUACAAAAUUCCAGAACCCUUAAUUUGGUUAUUAGGUAAUCCGUAAAAUAAUGUAAGAAAUGUUAAAAGGUUUAGAAUACGUUCAUUCUUUAGGAAUAAUGCAUCGUGAUUUAAAGCCUUAAAAUAUAAUGUUUUCUUAAAAAUAGACUGUAAAAGUAAUAGAUUUUGGAUUAGCCUAAUUUUAUAAUGAAAAGAAAUACUUAUAUGUACAUGUAGGUACACCAGGAUUUGUGGCUCCAGAAAUAUUAGCAAAUGAGUCUGAAUUUCAUACAUAUACUCCAAAAGUAGAUUCAUUCAGUUUAGGUGUUGUCUUUCAUAUAUUAUUGACAGGAAAAACAAUAUUUAAAGGAUAAAGAUAUUCAUAAGUAUUAGAAAAUAACAAAAAAUGUAAUGUAUAAUUCCCAGAAAAGAUAUAUGAUGAACUUAAUUAAGAUGCUAAAGAUUUAUUAAAUAAACUUUUAGAUCCUAAUCCAGAAACCAGAAUUUCAACUUCUGAAGCUUUAAGGCAUAAUUUUAUUAUUGGUUAAACAUAUAAAGAAAUAACAAAAAUGGUAUCUGCAGUUAAUUUAGACUAAAUAUAAGAUUUUUCAUUAAAAGAUAAUAAAACAAAAAAUAAAAAUGAAAUUUAAAGUUUAAGGGAUCUCGAUGAUUAAGUUUCAUAUAAAUUUUAAACAAAUUUUGUCAAUUUAUAAGAAAUUAAUAACUAAAUGGGAAACGUAGAAGGAAUAUUAUUCACUUAAUCUAAAAAAUAAUCAUAAUAUUUAUAUAAAUUAACAAAAGAUAUUGUUGAUUUAAUAAUUUUCUUCGAAGAAAAUUACGAAAAAGAUGAAUUAUUUUUCAUUUCUCCAAUAAAAACUACACAAAAUAAAAAAAACAUUUUCGACGGCAAAAAUUUAUAAAGUUCACAUUUAAAAACGUUUAAAUUAUAAAAAAUACAAGAAGAAAAUGAAGAAUAUAUUUCUAAAUUUUGA